AUGGCUAGUGACACCGAAAGUACACCCAGGAUGGGUACGGAAGAUGUAAUGAAAUUAUAUAAUACUAUACAGACUUCUGUUGAUGCAAGUGUAUCUUCUUCCAAUCCACUAAUCACAAAACUGAAAAACAACGACGAUUCAUUUGAUUUCUCAUCUGGUUUAUCAUUAUUAUCAAUUCGACCUCAGAUCCUUCUAUCAUCUCUACAUAAUUUGGUUAUAUUAUUAUCGUUAAGACUACUUGAUCCAACAUUACCUUUUCCAACUUCAGAAGAACUUCAAUCAACCAUAUCACUUUCAACGCCAUUCACCGAACCCCGUUCUCGUUCACACGCCAAUACGAGUAGUACAAAGGGUGUCAUGAAUGAGUCAGGUGGGCAAUUGAUAUUGAAUCAGGAAGUAAUGGAUAAAAUAAGAGGUAUGGAAAGUAAAUUAGAUUAUCAAAUUAAGAAAUUGGUUGGUUUGGCUGAAGCAGAAGAGAAACGAGGUAAUCAAGUUAUCGAUAAUAUUGAAGAAGACCCAUUGUCAUUCAGACCUAAUCCAUCGUCUAUAGCGACAUCAAGAGAACGUGCGCCGAAGCAAUCGAAAUUCCUCAAUGCGACCACUUCUGACCAAUCUGAUGAAGAAGGUAAAGGUGAAUCAUCAAACAUAUAUAGACCUCCAAGAGUAGCUGCUGUACCUUAUCUUGAUUCCGUUCGAGGAGAGAAGAAAGAAAGAAUAAGAAAAGCACCUGCGUUGUUAUCUGAAUUCGCAGCUUCAAUAGAUUCUGCACCUAUCUUGGAAUCAACAUCUGGAUUAUCUGUUAGACCCAUAUCAAACAGACAUAUUACGAAUAGUACCAGCUCUAAACGAGCCGAAGAAUUGAAGAGAAUCCAGGAAUUUGAAGAAUCAAAUAUGACUAGAUUGGUCACUUCCAAAAAGGAAGAAAAGAGAAGAAGAGAUGAUGAAGCUUCUUUAGCUAUGGGUUUCGGCGUUUCAUCUUCCACAUCAAGAGGUAGAAGAGGUAGGAAUGGUCUAGAAGCUGAAUUAGAAGGUGUACUCAAUGAAAGAGGCUCAAAGGGCGUUUGGGAUAAUGUCACUUCUUCUUUAGGUAAAAGAGGCGACGCUCUUGAAAGAGGUAAGAAAAGAUUAAACGAAAACUCUGAUCCUAAAAAGGGCAAAAAGAAUUUCGAAAGGGAUUUAAAGAGAAGAAGAAAGUGA